UUCGGCUGCUGUCUGCCUGGACACUGAUGUCAUCAGGAGCUGUGAGCUCUGUGAUUGGCUGCUCUGUGUUAGAGCUCAGCUGCACUUUCAGAGACUUCACUCACUGUGAGGUUCACACACACACUCAUACAGUUUGACUGUCAGAGAGCUGCUGAUGAAGAUGAAGGAGCUGCUCCUCUUCCUCUCCUGUGUCAUCUGUGUCUCUGCUGACCCUCUGCGCAGUGACGUUCAUAUCACUGGCUGUUCAGACUCUGAUGGAGAGGACAUGUAUGGACUGGAUGGUGAAGAGAUUGCCUACACAGACUUCAACAAACAGGAGGAAAUCUACUCUCUGCCUCCUUUUGUUGAGCCUUUCACUUACCAGGAUGGAGUUUAUGAACAAGCUGUGACUGUUCAACAGAGCUGCAGAGAGAGCAUACAGAAAGUUGGUAAAUUCAUGAAGGACUAUCCUCCAGAACAGGAUGUUCCUUCAGCUGUGAUGAUCUACACCAGAGAUGACGUGGAGUUUGGAGUCCAGAACACUCUGAUCUGUCAUGUGACUGGUUUCUAUCCUGCUCCUGUCAACAUCUCCUGGACCAAGAACGGACAGAAGGUCAUUGAAAGAUCCACCAUCAAUGUUCCCUAUCCCAACAAAGAUGGUUCCUUCAAACAGACAUCCAGACUUCAGUUCACCCCAUGGCUGGGAGAUGUGUACAGCUGUGCAGUGCAACAUCUGAGCCUGACAAAACCACUGACCAAGUACUAUGAAGUGGAUUCAUCUGCUCCCUCUGAUCCAGGUGUUGGACCCUCUGUGUUCUGUGGAGUGGGUCUGACUCUCGGUCUGCUCGGUGUGGCUGUUGGAACCUUUUUCCUGGUCAAAGGAAACGAGUGCAGCUGAU